AUGGUGGGCAUAGAGAUUAGAGGGUCCGCACCAGAUCUUGAAAACGAAAGUCACAUCGAUGGAUCUCGGUCGACGAAACUUCGGCACAGAGCUGCCGACUUGGACCUGGAUGUGCUCCGCAAAUAUUUUGGGCUCGCUUGGCUGACUUGGGGGUGCUUUGAGCUGGAUGCAACACACGCCAUACAAAACGGGACGCCCGGCAAGCCGGAUUGA